GCUCCGCGCACGCGCUGCUGGGGGAUCACGUGGUGCCGUGCGAGCGGUGGUGGCGGAGGCCAUGCUGCAGAGUCUGGGCCUGGUGGGCACCAUCGCGGAGGGGGAUGAGGGGCCCCAGGAUCCCGAGUCUGAGAACUCCGAAGACGAAGAGGGGCCGCGCGUGGCUCUUGGCCCCGGGCGGCGGUCCUCUGCGGGAGGAGACUUCAGUGCUGCUUUCGUCUUUGGCGAGGUGGAGGCCGGUGGGGAAGGUACCUGGGCGUCAGCUCUGCGCCAACUUCGUGGCAAGAGGUCAGCUACGACGCUGGAUGAGAAGAUUGAGAAAGUGAGACAAAAAAGGAAGUUCCAGGAAAGAGAAACUAAACAAGCAAAAGUGAAAGAUGGUGAUACAGAGAUUGGGGAUAAUCAAUCCAAUAAAACAGAGAGUGAGGAUUUCCAUAGGGAAGAAGAAGAUGUGGAGUCCCAGUAUUCAUUGGAUGAUGAAACUAUCUUCACAAAAGCAGACACAAUUAAAGUGAAGGAAAGAAGGAGAUCAAAAACUGGAGGAAAAGCAGAAGCAGAGAACUUUUUUGAAGAUGCCUCUCAAUAUGAUGAUAACUUGUCAUUCCAGGACAUGAAUCUUUCACGACCUUUGCUAAAGGCAAUCACAGCUCUUGGUUUCAAGCAACCAACUCCAAUUCAGAAGGCUUGUAUCCCUGUGGGUCUACUGGGGAAGGAUAUUUGUGCCUGUGCUGCCACUGGGACAGGUAAAACAGCUGCCUUCAUCUUGCCUGUACUUGAGCGCCUGAUAUACAAACCUCGUCAAGCUCCAGUUACACGGGUGUUGGUUCUAGUGCCAACACGAGAACUGGGUAUUCAGGUGCACUCUGUUACAAAACAGCUGGCACAAUUCAGCAGUGUCACAACUUGCCUUGCUGUAGGUGGCCUAGAUGUGAAGACUCAGGAAGCAGCUCUGCGCUCUGGGCCAGACAUUCUUAUUGCAACUCCUGGACGACUAAUUGAUCAUCUCCACAACUGCCCCUCCUUCCAUCUGACCAGUGUAGAGGUGCUCAUUUUGGAUGAGGCAGACAGGAUGCUGGAUGAGUACUUUGAGGAACAGAUGAAGGAAAUAAUCAGAUUAUGCUCCAACCACCGCCAAACAAUGCUUUUCUCUGCCACAAUGACAGAGGAGGUGAAAGAUUUGGCUUCGGUUUCCCUGAAAAAUCCCACACGAAUUUUUGUGAACAGCAAUACAGAUGUUGCCCCUUUCCUGAGGCAGGAAUUUAUCCGGAUCAGACCCAACCGAGAGGGGGACCGUGAGGCUAUUGUAUCAGCUCUACUGACACGGACCUUCACGGAUCAUGUGAUGCUUUUCACCCAGACAAAGAAGCAAGCUCACCGUAUGCACAUCCUGCUUGGGUUGAUGGGUUUACGGGUGGGGGAACUUCAUGGAAACCUCUCUCAGGCACAACGGCUGGAGGCACUCAGGCGUUUUAAAGAUGAGCAGAUUGAUAUUUUGGUAGCUACAGAUGUGGCUGCACGAGGACUUGACAUUGAAGGUGUAAAAACAGUAAUCAAUUUCACCAUGCCCAAUACCACCAAACACUAUGUUCAUCGAGUGGGUCGAACAGCAAGAGCAGGCAGGGCUGGUCGUUCAGUUUCACUUGUGGGUGAGGAAGAGCGCAAGAUGCUGAAGGAUAUUGUGAAGUCUGCCAAAACACCAGUGAAAGCCAGAAUUCUCCCCCAAGAUGUCAUACUAAAAUUUCGGGAGAGGAUCGAGAACCUAGAGAAAGAUGUGUAUGCAGUUCUGUGCUUGGAGCGUGAGGAACGUGAGAUGCAGCAGUCAGAGGCUCAGAUCAAUAGGGCAAAGAAGCAGUUAGAGGUAGGAAAAGAAACUACGAAUGAGAGUUUGGAGCGGAGCUGGUUUCAGACCCGUGAGGAGAGGAAGAAAGAAAAGCUGGCUAAAGCCCUGCAGGAGUUUGACCUGGCAUUAAGAGGCAAAAAAAAAAGGAAGAAAUUUAUUCAGGACACCCAGAGAAAAGUCCAAAUGACGCCAGAGGAGAGGUCACAAUUUGAAAUCUUGAAAUCUCAAAUGUAUGCUGAGCGGCUCGCAAAAAGGAAUCGGCGAGCAAAGCGAGCCCGAGCCUUGCCAGAAGAGGAACCAGCAGCAGUACCAGCAGGUCCCAAGCAGAAGAAAAAACUGUCAGUAUUUGAUGAAGAGCUUACUAACACAAGCAGGAAGGCUCUGAAGCAGUAUCGUGCAGGCCCAUCAUUUGAGGAUCGGAAACGCUUGGGUAUGGCCUGUCGUAGGAAAGGAGGAAACUUCAAAUCCAAGUCCAGGUACAAGAGGAAGUAAGAACUGUUUUGCUAAAUGGAUAACUUCAGCAAAUCCAGAUACUUCAGAUGCACUAUUUUCCAGGGUCUGGAUUUCCUUGUACAAUGAGAAGGCAUCUUCAGUAAAAUCAUACAGAUUUUCAUCAUCAAGUUCUGGAAUAGCUUUGGGAUGUUCAUUAAUACCUGGUUGAAUAGCCUGUGUAAAAACCCCUUCAGCAGCCAAUACAAUAAAAUAUUGAUUCAUUUUCUUUCUAAAA